ACAAUUUUGAAAAUUUCAAAUUUCAUUUUAUAUGAAACGAUUGUCGUACAAUAUUUUAAUUUCUCCUUCUAUAAGUAAAUAAAUAAAAAAAAAUUAUUGGAAAAUUUAAAUAACGAACAUGUCCUCGGAGUUAGUUGAAACGAAACGUUUGGAGCCUCGUGCAAUUUUCGGCAUAAAUGGCAAAGUUGAAUUUGGUUUACAUUUGCAUCCGGAUAAACGUUAUAUUGUCUAUCCAUUGGGCACCAAGAUCGGCAUCGAUGAUACAAAAACAAAUAAACAAGAAUUUGUUGGCGGUCAUACUAACAAUAUUUCAUGUCUGGAUAUAAGUCGAAGUGGUCGCUUUAUGGCGUCGGGGCAAAUAAAUAACAUGGGCUUUCCGGGCUAUGUAAUUCUGUGGGACUUUGAACAACGCAAGGAAUUGGCCCGGCACGAUUUGCAUAAGGUCCGUGUCCAAUCUAUUUGUUUUACGGCCCAUGAUAAAUAUGUGAUAUCAGUUGGUGGUCGAGAUGAUGGUUCUGUAAUAGUUUUUGAUAUUGCAACACUUACACCCAUAUGUAGAUCAGUUGCUUCCAGAUCCAUUAAUGGUAACGCCAUAGUUGUGAGGGCUUUACAGGAUAACCCAUCGUUCUUCAUAACAGCUGGAGAUCGUCAUCUUCGCAUUUGGAGUAUACAGCGUGAGAUGAAAAAGGUCAACGUGCACGAUGUGUAUGUGGGUAAACAUCAACGACGUUAUACGAGCAUUUCCAUUGAUCUUCGUGAUGAAUAUGUUUAUUUGGGAACAUUUAGUGGCGAUGUUAUCAAAAUUAUUCUCAAUUGUUGCGACUCGGCCAAUGUAACAAAGGCGGGCACAUUUUCCUCUAUGGUGGGGGCAUAUGGCACACAUAAUCCCCGCAAACCAUUUGGAAAAGAUUGUAAUCGUUAUGUAAAUGGCUUGAGAGUGGUUUAUAUUGUCGAUGACGGACUGCUGCUAAUGGGUGCCGGUGAUGGGGUGUUGGAAUUGGUGGAGGAGCGCAAGGAUAGAAGUUUUAAAAAUUAUCCCAGUCCCACAUGGCCCAUGUUGAAAACGCUCAAAAGAACCAAAGUCAAUGGAGCAAUUACCUCAAUGGUUCAGAUCACACCUAUCGAAUAUUACAUUGCCACGGAAGCCAAUGAAAUAUAUUUGCUGAACAUAAAAAUGUUUACUUUGAAACUGCUGAAGACCUCACAUCGGGAAGCUGUGCACAAUAUUGUUUUCCCCAAAAAUCUUUCUUCAGUCUUUGCCACGGCCGGCUAUGAAACCAUACGAAUUUGGUCGACGAAACGUCUGCAGGAAUUACUGCGAAUAAUGGUAUAUAAUUUCCAGUGUGCAGAUAUUGAAUUUACCAACGACGGCAGCAGCUUGGUCUCAGUGUGGAAUGAUGGUGUAAUACGGGCGUUUACUCCGAUAACUGGGAGAUUAAUUUAUGCUAUACCAAAUGCCCACAACAAAGGUUGCAGUGCCUUGUCUAUAUCAUCUACCGGUCGCAUUAUUGUCACCGGCGGCAUUGAAGGGCAGGUUCGUGUCUGGAAAAUUGAACCAUUUUGUCAAAGCCUUGUGGGAGUGCUGAAAGAUCAUUCGGGACCCAUAACAUCGUUGGACUUCAAUAAAAAUGAUACCGAAGUAAUUUCGGCCAGCUGUGAUGGUUGCUGUGUGAUAUGGGAUAUCAAUCGCAUGACUCGUAAAAAUGUCAUUACUGCAAAUACUCAAUUCAUGACAGCCAAGUAUUUUCCGACUGGUGUGCAAAUCCUUACCUGUGGCACGGAUGGUCGUAUACGUUACUGGGCCGUCUAUAAUGGUAGUCUAAUUCGUGAACUUCAAGGUUCAGGGAAAUCAUCUGUGAAUCACAUUGAUAUAAAUCCGACGGGGGAUUAUUUUGUUUCCGUUGGCAGUGAUCAAAUGGUGAAACUUUGGGAAUACAAUCGUGGUAUUGUGGUUGCUCAGGGCUCUGAACAUGCCUCGGCGGUAAAAAGUGUGGCCUUUAGUCCCUGUGGAAAAUUCUUUGUAUCUGGAUGCUCGGAUGGUUGUAUUAUUAUAUGGGAUGUUCCAGAGAAUUGCGGCUCAAACGAUCCCCUAGUGGAUUUCAAUAAAUUGAAAAUAUCUUCAAAUUAUAAAUCAGGAAACAUGGAACAGAGAGCCAGUGCUCGCGGCAAUCACAGUCAACGACGGGAAAAUAUAACAGAACUUGUGGCAAAUACUCCCAAAAAUAAUGUCAAUCUGAUAGAGUGUCCCCCAGUGGACAUGCAAAAGAUAAUCGAUGUAAAUUGUGGCAACCAACAGAUGGAUGUUAAAAAAUGUUGAACAUAAGAGACUGAGACUUAUUUUUAUAAAAGAAAAAAUCAUAUAUUUUUAUAUUAAUAAAAUUACAUACGUACACACAA